CACCGUGAAGGUGUGUCGUGCUUGAAAAGUUUACUCGCCGUGCCGUGCGCGGUCAACAGCUGUGUUUUGUGUGUAGUAAUUUCGCGUUUUACGGUCCAUCGUCUCCGAGGUACCGCUAAGGUGGACCGUUUUAGCGAUUGUGUCGUUAUUGACGCGGGCGUAGCUCGAAAAACAGGGUGACGUGUUUUGUGCAUCUAUCGCUGGUGAAAACCGUGUCAUCGUUGUGCUAUUCUUUGUGACAAAACCAGUAUUGACACCGGAUCAGCGAAAAGAAACUGCCGACCCGUUGGUGCUGUUUACGAGCGAUGAGACUAGUGUCCGAUAUCUACAAUGAAAGCAUUGAAACGUCACUAGGAGGAAUCGCGAAGCAUCUAACGCAACCGCCACAACAGCAGCAGCACCGACGACUUCCGAACCAUCCGCACUCACAGCAGCAGCAAUUUGUCGCCUUAAGCACCCUGAAACGUUGGGGCGAACAGCCAGAAGACAGCCGCGACCACCAGUCACGUCCUCGGCCGACCGAUUACAGCCAAUUUGCGGCGAACUUUGAGGGAGGCCCGAAGCACCCGGUCAGCCCGUUCCCGUGCGAUGCGCAGAUCAACAAUCGUUUCGUAAUCUGGGAGGGUGAUAUAUCGCAGCUUAAAGUUGAUGCGAUUACCAACAGCACCGAUGAAACGUUGACGGAAAAGAAUCGUGUGUCGAAGAAAAUUUUUGGUCGCGCCGGUGCCGCGCUUACCUCUGCUAUUAUUCACGACGUCAAAAGAUGUAAAACCGGUGAAGUUCGUGUUACGCCAGGGUUCUUCCUACCAGCAAAGUACAUCAUUCAUACCGUUGGUCCGAUUUACAGUGAAAAAUAUCGGACCGCGUCGGAAGCGACACUGCAUGCUUGUUAUCGAAACGUAUUGUACAAAGCAAGGGAGCUAGGAUUAAGAACCGUUGCUCUAUGUGAUAUUAGUUCGGUGCAGCGUAACUUCCCAGCCGACACCGCUGCUCAUAUAGCGCUGAGGACAAUUCGUCGUUUUUUGGAGCAAUAUCGUGCCGAGAUUGUGAUAGUUUGCCUUGAAUCCAAUGCACUCAGUAUCUACGAGGUACUAGCGCCACUCUACUUUCCGCGCGAUCAGCCCGAGGAGAGAAGUGCCCUGUGGCAGCUGCCGAAGGAUAUCGGAGGGCUGUAUGGUGAACCGCAGCUAGCCGACCGCCAGAUUAGAAUCAUUCACAACCCACAGCAUUCCGUCAUGAUAGAAGCUGACGACGAUUCCGACACCAGCCCACACGAUUUGGAAAUGGGAUCCGACGUCGAGUACAGCAAUAUCAACCUGAGCCUAGCAGCUCAACUUUCCGGUGCCGCGCAUUCAUUCACGCAAAUGCAGGGCGACUUAGAUCGACAGCGUCUUCUGGGUGAUCGGCCCCGUAUGGUCUACGAAAGUGUGCUAGAUGACGGGCUGGAAGGAUUAGAACACCAGGAAAGAUAUGAGCGGCUGCUUCGAAGGGCAAAGACGGAAGACCUGACGGAAGUGUCCGGCAUCGGGUGCCUGUAUCAGAGUGGCGUCGAUAGGCUCGGCCGGCCGGUGGUGGUGUUCUGUGGCAAAUGGUUCCCCGCACACAACAUCGACCUGGAGAAGGCCCUGCUUUACCUGAUAUACCUGCUGGAUCCUAUCGUCAAGGGCGACUAUGUGAUCGCCUAUUUCCACACUCUCACCAGUUCGAACAACUACCCAUCGCUACAGUGGCUGAAGGACGUUUACAGUAUACUGCCCUACAAGUACAAGAAGAACUUGAAAGCCUUCUACAUCGUUCACCCCACGUUCUGGACCAAGAUGAUGACCUGGUGGUUCACAACGUUCAUGGCGCCGGCAAUCAAGACGAAGGUGCACUCGCUGCCCGGAGUGGAGCAUCUGUAUUCGGCGAUUGCGAAGGACCAACUGGAAAUUCCAGCCUACAUCACCGAGUACGAUAUGGCGACGAACGGGAUACAUUACUUCCAACCCAUCACCAACACGUCCUCACCGGCGUCCUAAGUAUCGAGUGAUGCAUCCAUCCUACCGACGAGCACUAAAACCCCCCGAUUCUACUGUGGUUCCAUUCUUCGCUGCAAACAUCGCAAACACCCCUCCACUCCCCCGAACCAAAACACCGAGAGAGAGAGCUCUUUACGGUACCACCGCUUUUCCACCAGUGGCCACCAGAUAGACUUUUCACCCGAUCGAAACUCCUUAAACGAUCGUCUCCAACGUCCAGAUGAAUUUGGCGUGUAGCAGAAAAUGUACUCCUUCUGUCCUAUUGCGUUACGGUUGGAAACCCUAAAAACAAAAUAACUAGCGCUGUUACCAGCGGAACUGAAUUGGAAAUCUUUGCUUCCCCUUCUCCGUGGUUUGAUGAUGUGUGUGUCUCUGUGUGUGUGUGUGUUUUGUGUUUGAAGGAAUUAUAAUGUAGUUAUCGUUGAACAAAUUCCUGAAUGGUUGCGAAUGCAACACUAGAUUACACUGCGUUAAGUCUUGUUAAGUUACCGGAACCAAACUUCGUACACACAGAAUGCACCGUCAUGUUUAAAUUAUAAUAAUGAUAAAUAACGGUGGAAAUGGUGAGGUGAUGGUGGAAUAAUAAAAAUCGCUGGUUUGCCGUUGGACAAGUUGUACACCAGUGGGAGGUAAAUAGGUAUUGGCAAGCCCCGAAGCAUCGCACUGCUUUCUCCCAUUCCUGAAAUGCCCAAAUGCAUAGUAUAGAGAAGCAAAAGUAUCGAUUAAAAAAGGGCGGCCCCGUAGCGAUUGAUUGCUAGCUCCCGAACCUCCCGGUUGAGAAGCCAUUUUGCGAGUGAAUAUGGCCACAAAGAGUAGACAAGCGUAACUACAACCUUCAGUUUACGUUCGUAGGUGCCGUUGAAUUGUUGUUAUUGACGUCAAGCUGUGGCGUGAAGAGAAGGGCAGAGCAGCUUGUCGAGUGUUGAUCGAAUUUAUUAUCCUCAUGUGUUUAUCCUAUCCAUUUGUAUCGGUAGCUUUCAUUUUAAUAUGUUGAGGCGGAGAAGCGAUUGAAUACUAGCAUUUUGAAGAAACAAUCUGAUUGGUUUACUCUCAAAUUUUCUUACAUUUUAUUAGUAGUUGUUUUUUCUCUAACGGCCAUCGGUUGUUGAUGAACGUUUUUCGUUAUCAUACCCGCCAGUGUCUUUCGAAGAAAGUGUGCACACGCUCCUGCGAGAAGCUACUGUUUCGUUUUUUUUGCCACGUUUUUUCGUUCACCCUUUUAGUAGAGGCGUAGGGCAAGAACCACUAGUCCCACCUCCCCUCCCCCGUCCUUCAUGUACACACAUGCAGUGUUAUACCGUUUUGCUUUGCUUACUUGCCAACGAGCGGUGCCAGCUACUAACUACUAAUCUAUUGUUACAUAGAUUUUGUCCUGGAGGCCAUGUUAUUUGGAACAAAAAGAUUAUUAUAUAAUAUUUGAGUAGAACUGUUAAAAAUACGGGAUUAUCGUUCGCAAAAAAAGGGAAACGAUUAGAGCUUUGGAAUAUAGAUGAUAAAAAGAUAGAUAAACAGAAAAAAUGAAGAAGCGUGUGCUACACAGAAACAUUAAAAGAAGCAUUGCGCAAGAAAUGGAUGGAAAGUAUUAAAAAACGAAAAGAAAAGAAAAAGAUAAGUAAUUUAGCAAUAGAUCAGUUGAUACAUAUAUAUAUAUACAUACAUAUAUAUAAUCUUAUGUAUUGAUUAGCAUAUAUACAGAUGUAUGAUUAACAAAAGUGAAAAUAUAUAAAGUGCGCAAAACUUGCGAAAAGAUUCAAUAAAUGAAGCUGUUAUAUCUGGAUGACGAAACAUGCGUUUGCAACUGGAUGAGCAAACGCUUCGCAGAGAAUCAUAACCAUGGUCGAGCUCCUCGAGCAGCGGCAAGGUCGAGGACAAUUCUGUAUCUAAUCGUAUGUGCAAGCGCAAUUACAUUUCGAAACAAGAUGAACAAAGAAAGUGGUGAACACAUAUUGUUAUACAGUGGAAGCAAUAUUAGACACAUUCAUUUUGUAUAGCGCUGUGUUCUGUGAAUUCGUCACACCGUAGAUAAACUUUACUUAUGCAAACGCACUUGUAUAGGAUAUUGCCGUUUGUUUGACUGUUGAGUACUUCUUCAAUCUGUAGCUGGAACGACCGUUCGAAGCGUUCGGUUGCGUACACGAAAUAGUUUAAAUAAUUGUGAUCCUCUAGCAGAGACGGUCUGCCAUAAAUGCCUUAACCAAAUGAGUAGGACAUUGAUUUGCUUCUGUUUUUUUCGCCCCCCAAACAUGCAUUACAUGGUUCUCACAUGGGUCAACUGUAGAAAGGUAAUAUAAACAGAUUUAAAACAAAACCAAAAAAAAACUGUAAGGCUUGAAAAGUUGCCUCUUGUUGAAUGCAAUACAACUUAAAAAACUGAAUGGAAAAAUCGCAAAAAAGCAAUCUCCGUUUUUGAACAUGGCACCAUGCCCUUAAUUAAGACUUGCGCACCAUUCGAUCAUCAUGAAUGAAAUUUCUUCGCAGCGUUGGCUUCGUCGUGUGUUCCUUUUAUCAUAUAUAGUCUCUCAUAAUGUAUGUGCCAAUGUUUCUUCUUCUUCUUCUUCUUGGUCAUGAUCUUCUAGGACGUUAGUAAAGGGAAGCCCGAUUUGAACUGUGCAUGGCAAAAAGUAAUAAUUUCAAAAUCAACAAGCUCAUACCUAGUCCCCGCUCGACGCCACCCCCUUUUCCAUCAUUAUCAAGUGUGACACAGCGUCAGCACGAUCAUAACACCUUCUUCAGGGCUUGUAGAGAGAAUAGUGUGUAAAUGCUAGUCGGAAGAAUAGUGACAUAAAAUGAAACGAAAAACUUUAAACAAUUCAAUCUGUUCUGAUGGCAGAAUGGCGAGAUUUGGCUUACUAUUAAUUAGGUACAGGAAGGGUGUGGAUCAAAACAAAUGUUGCGAAUAGUUACGAGCGAACAAAAAAAAAAAGAGAGAAAAAAGCAAAACCCUAAAGACAAAUCAAACGCCAACAUUAU